CAACCACUGACUGACUGUGAACUCGCAGCAACAGGCACGGCCCGCAGAAUCUGUGGGAACCUCACGAUCGUAUCAGUCACAAACAAACGCGCACCACCGAUAAAAACGUUCAUCGCCUUGCAGUAGACGCUCAUUCUUAUCUUGAAACAAACCACUUUGCGAAAUCAAGAAACGACAUUCAGAACCAUCAUCGAGACACACUGUUCAUGGUUGAUACCUGUUUCGAAAGCUUUCUUAAGAAUUCGCGUACCGCCCGACUCCACGGAUUUCAUUCGCAGGCGCCUAUAACAGUCUUGAUAUCGAAAGACUGCCAUUCAGACUCUCAAAUAUCGUCUCAAGAUUCUUCCUUGCCGACACAGAUAUCGUGUCGGAGACGUGCAAGAUUCCAUCUUCAACCAGAAAACAACGCGCUAUUUGGCAUUUGGCCUUUGUCGAUACCAGACAUAUAACAAGAGUUUAGGUAUAGCUUCAUUUCACGACUUUAACUACAACCAUGGUGGUCCGUGGAGGAACUAUAAUUAACAUUUCCGGUGCUUCGCCGGUAGAUGAUCCCGAGUAUCGCUACAAGAUGCCCGCGGUUUUUGGAAAGAUUGAAGGGUCUGGGAAUGGUAUCAAGACAGUGAUUCCCAACAUCACUGAAGUGGCUCUUUCUUUGCACCGGCAGCCCGGCGAGGUCAACAAGUUUUUCGGAACGGAACUUGGCGCGCAGACGCGUUACAGUGCCGAAACGGAUCGCGCUGUUGUAAAUGGCGCGCAUAUGGACGCCGUUCUUCAGGAUUUGAUGCAUCGUUACAUUGAACGGUUUGUGCUAUGCCCCAACUGCAACCUGCCUGAGACGGACUACAAAAUUAAGAAUGAUGCUAUUUGGCACAAGUGCGCAGCUUGUGGAGCUAAAGAAAUGGUGGACAUGAGCCACAAGCUCUGCAACUACAUUCUUGCGGAGGACAAGAAAGCCAAGAAAGACAGCAAGAAAAGUAAAAAGGGUGAUAAGGAUGACAAGAAGAAGAAAGACAAAAAGAAGGACAAAGACAGCGAUGACGAGAAAAAGAAGAAAAAGGACAAAAAGAAGAGCAAGGAUAAGAAAAGCAAAGACAAGAAAGAGAAGAACGGCGACGACGAAGACGAAAAGGAUUACAUCAAGGAGGCUCUCGAGGGUGGGAAAACGGAAAAUAAUGGUCUUUUGAACAGCGACGACGAAGACAGCGUGUCUCUUGCCUCUGAAGCUGGCGUCGAUGAUCAGGGUGCCUUGCUGCUUGCUGUCGAAGCUACAAAAAAGUAUAUUGCGGAGAAUUCCGAUGUUAGUGAUAAAGAGCUUUCUGAGGUCGUGACUAAUCAACAAAUGGCUUCAGCCCUCAAGUCGCACGACAAGGUCCAUAUUAUCGUGCGUGCGGCGCUCUCCGCUCAAUUCUUCAAAAACAAGGAAAUCGAGAAGUAUUCUUCGGCCAUCUAUAGCAUCACGAGUGGCAACAAGAUCAUGGAACGUCAUUUGAUUGCGUCGCUCGAGGCCCUGUGCAUCGAUAAGCCCAAGAACUUUCCCGUCAUGAUCAAACAGUUUUAUGACGAGGAUGCCCUUGCUGAGGAAACAAUUCUGGAAUGGGCCGACGAAGGUCGCUCAGAGUUUACCCUACCAGAAGUGGACGAGGAUGUUCGAGCUACACUUCGUGGAGAAGCUGAGCCUGUGGUUGUCUGGUUGCAGGAAGCCGAUAGCGAAGACGAUUCCAGUGACGAGGAUUAGGUCUUGCGCUCAGCUUUACGAAGUUGACGAGUAGUCAUACUUUAUUCUUACCGAAUUUUAUCGAUGUUGACAGGCAAGACAAGUAGACCUCAUUACCCAGUGAAUUGCUGCAACGUAUCGCCAGUGAAUAAUCUACGAAGACUGAUAAAAAUCUAAGAAAUUUACUAUAU